AUGAGCGUCAACAGCGCCAUCGCGGCGCUCCCCGCCUACAAGGCCCUCGACGCCUACGUCAAGACCGGCGACGAUAAGAAGGCCCUCGACGAGACGGUGCAGAAAUUCAACGACUUGGCCAAGGACUCCGAGUCGCAGUUGGAAGACUUCCUCUGGGACACGUACAACGCCAUUUUCGCCGUCGCCAAGCAGACCCCUCCGGAGAAGCAGGGCCCUCUCGUGGACUUCAUCCAGCGACUGCGCGAGACCACCGUCACGGCAUCCGACGGCCAGUCAUUGCAUCUGAGUGAAGGCGUCGUCUGGAAAGAUCUUCCCACCUUCGGAUGGGUCGCCCGCGAUCUGUGGAACUUUGACAUCACCGACGCAUCCGCCUCAAAGGAAGAAAAGGCGAGCUGGGACAACCUCGCCGCCUUCCUCGCCCAGCUGACGGCCCGCGCCUCCGUCGUCGAGGGCACCGCCGACCCGCUCGACUACUCCACCUACGGCCUCUGGGCCCUCCGCGACGCCUUCGAGACGGAGCACCCCGCCGACGCCGACAGCGCCGCCGCCGUGAGGCACGCGUCGCUGUGGAUCCGGCACGCCGGGGACGCCUUCAGGAAGCUGUCCGCCGAGGACCGCGACCUCGAGGCCAAGACCGGCGCUGCCGGCGGCAGGUUUGGAGAUCGUCAGUGGAAGGGGUUCAACCGGGAGAGGUGGGGUGUCUGGACGGAGGGUUUCGCGACGGCGCAGAGCUCGUUGGCUGAUGAAGAGGCGAAGGGUCUGGCAGGACGGGCUGUGGAUAUCAUGAAGAGCAAGUAA